GGUGGAUUUGGGGGAUUGUGUUAGAACGGUGUGUUGUACUGUGAUUGGAUGGCGACUGCGUACAAUUGCGCUGGUUUUGUCAGCAUUCUGUCUGCUUAUAUGAAUACAUAGCAGUCUAGUCACUCAAGUUUGUCAAGCAGCUCGCCCACUGCAGCCUGGUGAUGGGCCAGAUGGUGUCAGCCCCACUGACAGAUGCAGUCACGCGAGUGCGGGACGGCGUACUGCGCCGCACGGCUCCCCUGCAGGAGGUCACCACCAUCCCCUAUGACCAGCUGCUGCAGCACGUCGACGAGCUGAACACGCUCUGCGCGCACCUGCGGGACGAGAGCGGCAAGCGGCUGCGCUUCCGCGUGGACGAGUCGUCGGCGGUGUCGCCCGUGUUCUGGCGCGGCACGGUGCGCGUCGUCUGCGAGAAGGUGAGCGCCGCCGACGAGCCCGAGGGGAGCCGGCCGCUCACGCUGCCCCGCCUGCUGGACCAGCUGGACGCCGACGACGGCUGCUGCUGCAUCUGUCUGGAGCGGGCGCCCGACGCCUCGCUGCCGUGCGCCCACGCGUACUGCACGGUGUGCAUCGAGCAGUGGAACCCGACGCACAAGACGUGCCCGAUGUGCCGCCAGGGCGUGGACAGCACGGACGAGGCGUGGGUGAUGGCGGACGCGCCCGGCGGCUCCCAGCUGCGCCAGGACGUGGUCAGCGGCGUGAUGCGCCUGGCCACCGACGAUCGGUAGAGCUCCCGAGUAGCGACAGAUCGCCCAGACAGUGAAGGAACAGAACGUGCGGUGCCGGUGGGCCUGCGGGCUGCGCAGCUGGGCGCCGACGCUAUGUGUGGCUCGUCGAACAGACCCAAAGCCGUGAGCGGUGUGGGACGUGUGGGCAUUGGAGCGGAGACGCAACGCGCGUCCGGCAACGGCCAAAGUGCCAACGUGGGGGCCUAGGAUCGUAACCCAAGCUUUAGAGGUUUACUUGUGUCCGCUCUCGCAGAUGCGUUCUGUAACCAAACGUUUUCAGGAGAUCCAGUAACGUACGUCGGACGAAACCCCUGAAUUACCACGCUUAUCAGAUUGCAUGUGCUGGGGUUCAUCCGACGAUAACGCGCCUCGGUUUGAGCGUUGUAUGCAUAUUGCGCUGCUGCGUGUGUUGGGAGCAGCUGGGUUAGUGUGAAGAUAGAGAGGAUUCGGGCUGCGCACGCUUCAGCUGGCGCGCUAUAUAGUGGAUAGGUCAGUAAUCACGCGUGUGACGACAUAAUGGUGUGUGCCCAUUUUACGGCAUCCGACAAUAAUGGAGCGUUACAUCGGGUUGACAGGAUAUAUUUCGGAGAGCUGCGUUUUGCCGUGUUAGUGCUUUCAGAGAUUGCGUGAUAUCGCCUCAUGUGGAGGGCGGAACCGAAGACAGGGCAUGUGUCGCUGGGGAGCGGUAGGCAAGGUCCCAAAACAUGACAGGCUUCAUCUAUAUUAAGUCGUGCGAUAUGGAAAUGGGAAUGGGGAACGACAUGCUAGCAUCAGCUUGCAUCGUUACUGCUGAUCAGGAGACAGGCAUUCAGAGUGGGUGUUUACCACCUGUAAAUUAAAUUUCCCUUCUUUGUCAGCAGGCCUUCCGUUUGUUUCAUCCAAAAAUAUUUACGUUUCCUGUCGUCCGCAGGGUUCCACACCUCAAUGCCACACGUGUUCCGCGGCACUGGUCCGUCACUUUGUUGAACCUCCGUGGGAUGGAAUCCAGAUAAUCUUGGAUGCAUUCGCGUGAAAGCUGGAACUCUUGACGCAAUGUCAAGCAUUGUGAUACUUUGCGCCUAGUUGCUGUUCGUUGUAUGGCAGGUCCAAUGCGGUAGGCAUUCGCUCUUUUCGUCAUAGGUUUUAUGCUGGCAUCUGAUGUCUUGCCACGUCGUAAGCGGUUCACUAUUGUGUUCAAACAAUUAAUAAAUAUG